AUGAAUCAGCGUUUCCCGUGUUUUGUGAAAGAGCACAAUUGGCCGAAUUGUUUCGCCUACACGACGACGAGCACACUCAACGGGGAUCUCAACUAUAAAAAUCCGCCGAGCUACGAUAAUCAGAGAUUCGCUUUGAUUCGAUCGUGUGAAGAUGCGAAUCGAAAAUUGUAUGUGCAAUUGAAUGGCGAUCAGAGGUUUCAGUACGUUCUGAUCAACGCGAAGCUCAUGGAGUUCGCUGGGUUUACGGAUAAUGAAGAGGCUUUGAUCGAAUUUGUCGAGCCGACCUCGUGUGACGCUGUUGAAGUGUCCCCAUUGUCCGAAGGGGAUUUUCAAGUUAUAGAAUCGAAUGUCUACGAGAUCGAAAGCUCUUUUCUUAAUCAAUGUCGUCUCGUUGCUUCCGGAAUGAUUGUUCCAUUCUUUUCCAAUGCUGGACGCCCGGUUUUACUGAAAAUUGUGAAAAUCCAUCCAGAAACGGAUAAACCGGUGCUAUUAACGGCUCACACCGAACUCCACGUCGCGCCAGUCACUAAUGGAUUUUUGAAGCAGUCAAAUCGAGAAGAGAAACGGAAUAGUGAAGAGAAAUUUAGCAAGCUGUUCACCGAUUUGAAUCAAGCAAGCACCUCGGCCGUGAAUGAAGAAUAUUUCGAUAACAUUCUUCCACCGACUCAUUUAAGAGUUCUACCAAGAGAAUUGCGCAAAGGAUUGGAUCAAUGUUUGCAUAUAAAUGAUGUUUAUGCCAUGCAUACAGACAAAACCCAACCAUAUGGCAGCACUUUGUACGUCUCAAUCAAAACGAUGCGCCCAAGUUGUCGCGAGUUUUUUGCCAUUUUUCAUCUCAUCUCACAUGGGAGUCAACACGAUGAGAAAAUCGAGAAGCUGAAAAUAUUGCUAAAGAAAUAUCCCGGUCAUUGCCUGGUUUCUUCAGUAUCUCCCUUAUCCGAAUACGAGAUUCUCAAGACGUCUGAUCGAUUGAUCGAAGCCGGGGAUUUGCUGAGUCUAACCCUUGACAAUGAUGUUCGAAAAUUGAGCGAAGCCACGUCGAUUCUACUCGGCAAUCACGGGACCACAAUCAAGACGAUACUGCAAGGUUCCCCGCUCACUUAUCAAUUAUGUUCGCCUUUCAAAGAGCUCAUGAAUCAUCCACAAAAUGGAAAGCACAUAUGUUUUCGAGUGUCAAAGUCGACUCGACCAAUCAUCAGAAAAACUUUUAUGGAAACAAGUUUACCACAAGAAGAACAAUUGUUGAAUUAUGGCUUUGAGGCACCAAUAAAGCUGAAAGAUUUCAAAUUUCAAGACGAUUUGUUGGAUCAAUUGACGAAAUGGAUUGAUUUUUCUUGGGAUUUACGGAAUGACACUUCAAAUAAUCAUUCAUUACUUCUUGGUGAUCGGGGGACUGGAAAAACGGCACUACUACAAGAAAUCGCAAAAAGUUUGGCCAAAUCAGAAAAAGUGAUUUUUUGUCGGAGGAUUGAUUGCUCGAUGUGGAAGGGCAAACAAGCUGAGAAGAUUAGAAAGCAAUUGUUGGUCGAGUUGAAUUUGGGAAUUGUGAGAAGUCCAUCGGUGAUCAUUCUUGAUGGAAUUGAUCUCAUUGCACCGGCGAAUAAAGAUGAGGAGCACAGAAUGGUUCAAUUGGAGAGGAUCUUUGCAAUGCUUCGUGAUCUCUUGAAACCUCGAAAAUUGGUGCAAAUCGUUUGCUCGGCUCGUUCCCUUCACUCGAUUCAUCCGAUUUUGUUGGGUGAUGGUGGACAACGUUUCUUUGGGUACACCGUCGAAAUCCCGAAACUUUCACUGCAUUUACUGUGUGUCCCAUCAGCGUGUAUCCUUCGUCUCUCUCCAUCGUCAUUUGUCACCGUCACAAUCAAAUCAGCUGUUUUCUUCGAGAUCCACGCG